CCCCGCCCUUUCCCCUCUCCGCGCUCCGGAAGUGGCUGAGGGAUGGAGCGGCCGGGCGGAAGCGCAGCCGAAGCGCCCUCCGCGCUCGGGGGAAGGAGGCGGCUGCCGGGGGGCGUCGGGCUUUGGGGCGGCUCCGGGGAGCGCCAUGGCCAAGCAGUACGACGCGGCCGAGUGCCCCUACUGCGACGAGGUCUCCAAGUACGAGAAGCUGGCCAAGAUCGGGCAGGGCACCUUCGGGGAAGUCUUCAAAGCCAAACAUCGGCAGACAGGCAAGAAGGUGGCGCUGAAGAAAGUGCUGAUGGAGAAUGAAAAAGAGGGGUUUCCAAUCACAGCUUUACGGGAGAUUAAAAUCCUGCAGCUGCUGAAACACGAAAAUGUCGUCAACCUCAUCGAAAUUUGCCGGACGAAAGCCUCUCCCUACAAUCGUUGCAAAGGUAGCAUCUACCUGGUUUUCGACUUCUGCGAGCACGACUUAGCGGGCCUGCUCAGCAAUGCCCAUGUCAAGUUCACGCUCUCCGAGAUCAAGAAAGUGAUGCAGAUGCUUUUGAAUGGCCUCUAUUAUAUCCACCGGAAUAAGAUCCUUCACAGAGACAUGAAAGCCGCCAACGUGCUCAUCACACGGGACGGCGUCUUGAAGUUGGCCGAUUUUGGCUUGGCCCGAGCAUUCAGCUUGGCCAAAAACAGCCAGCCGAACCGCUACACGAACCGGGUGGUGACUUUGUGGUACCGUCCACCAGAACUGCUGCUCGGAGAACGCGAUUAUGGGCCCCCCAUCGAUCUCUGGGGUGGCGGCUGCAUCAUGGCGGAGAUGUGGACACGGAGCCCCAUCAUGCAAGGCAACACGGAACAGCACCAGCUCACGCUGAUCAGCCAGCUCUGCGGCUCCAUCACCCCUGAGGUCUGGCCCAACGUGGACAAAUACGAGCUCUACCAGAAGCUGGACCUCCCCAAGGGACAGAAGCGCAAAGUGAAGGAGCGGCUGAAGGCCUAUGUCAAAGAUCCUUACGCCCUGGAUCUCAUUGACAAGCUGCUGGUGCUGGAUCCUGCCCAGCGGAUCGACAGCGACGACGCCCUGAACCACGACUUCUUCUGGUCGGACCCCAUGCCCUCCGAUCUCAAGAACAUGCUCUCCACCCACAACCAGUCCAUGUUCGAGUACUUGGCCCCGCCCAGGAGGAGAGGCGGGCACAUGCCCCAGCAGCCGGCCAAUCAGGGCAGGAACCCCGCCGCGACCAAUCAGACGGAAUUCGACCGGGUCUUCUGAAUCCGAAUUGCGUCGAGAGACGGAGAUUUUAACGCAUUGUGGUUUCUUAGAUUUUUUUUUUUUUUAAUAUGAUUUUUGUCCCCCUUUCUUUCUUUCUUUUUUUGGGGGAGUGAGUGGAGGGACGACAGAACAAUGGGAAUAGUCGGAUUCGGACGAUUUCCGGGUCUCUGAAAAUUGCAGUUUAUGGGAAGACUCUACAAGGACCUACCCUGGACUUGGAGCUGUGGCAGAGAGAGUGUGGCUUGCCAUUCUACUCCCAGGGAGGCAGGCUGGCCCGAAUCAAUUUCGUAUUUCUCUGCAGGGAGACGAGACGUGGCAGAACAAGGGCAGGGAAUCCGAUAAAAAUAGGUGCUUCCUUCCCAUUCCUAGUCUUCCGGCCAAGAUCCCGCCCGCCCUCUCGGGCCAGAGAAUUUAGCUGGACAUCGGUGACCAUUGAAAUGAUCCUGGUGUUCGCUUAAGGCCUGUUUCUUUGCAACAUGGAGAGACUCUGCUUUAUUUUUUUCUUUUUCUUCCCUACCUCUCGCUUUCAUUUUGCAAUUGUUUCCCCCCCUUUUUUUAAAAGAAAAAAGAAAACCCCCUUUUCCAGGGAUAGUAAAAUCCUUGACGUGCUUCCCGCCCCCUAACAGAAGCUUAGCUCUCUUGCAGGAGGCUGAUUUAAAAAAGAAAGGAAGAAGAUAAUAAUAA